UCGGAUCGGCUCUCAAUUCAAAAAUAUUUUAAUCCUGAAAAAUAAGAUAAAAUCCCUCUCAUUCUCUCUCAAAGGGGAAGCAACCGACGCCGCGACGCGACCCGCCGAAUUGCGUGUCACGAAGACGAGAGGAGAAGAAAGAAGAAAUAUGGAAGAUUAAAAACAAAGGGAAAAAAAAAGAAAUCUUAAUUUGUUCCGCUCUCCCCCGCUUCUCUCAAUCUUUCGAUUUGUAUUUGAGUCCAGUUCUUCGAUCGAUCUAGUGUUUUGCCUAUCCGCCUUUGAGGAAUUCUUCUCGUAUUAUUGUUGCCGCCGCGUUGCUGGAGAAGAAGUGGGCGAUUGAUGCCGCUGGAGCUCCGUUGAUCUCCCGAUCGCAGUCUGGAUCCGGGCCAUCGCCGAUCCGAUGGACAGGAACAAGAACCGGACCGAUCUCCUCGCCGCCGGCCGCAAAAAGCUCCAGCAAUUUCGGCAAAAGAAGGACCACAAGGGCGUGGGUAGCCAUGUGAAAUCCUCGAACAAGGUGAGCGAGCCUGGGAAGGAUGCCGAUACCGAUGAUCCGGCAAAGGUUCCUGAGCCCGACUUGGAGCAUACUAAAGUUGUUGUUGCGCAUGAACCAGUGGAGGUGUCGGAGCCGUUGCCGACUUCAGGCGUUGAAGCUGAUGAGGAGCCGGUAAAGGUGCCCGAGCCUGAUUCCUCUUCGGCCAUCGUUGCUGAUGAGCCAACGAUGGUGCCUGAGCCGGCGCCUACUCCAGCCGCGGCGAAGGUGCCUGAGCCCGAGCCUGAGCCUAGGCCUACUUCGGCUGUCGAUGCUGUGGUGAGGACUGCUGAUCCAUUGGAGCCUUCAGUUGCGGUCCAAGAGGUGGGUUUGCCACCUGUGCCCUUUCUUGGAGAGAGCGAUGCUGGACUUCAGGAAGAUCAGAGAGAUUCUGAAGAGGUUCCAGUUGACCUCCCCAUUGAUGAUGGAGGUUCAAGAUCUUCUAUUAUGGUACAUGAUCAGAAAGCUAGAAAUUCGGGUUUGGAGAAAUGUGAUGGCGAGAACUCAGGCAUUGGGAUGUUGAUGGUGGAGAUCGGAAGCGACCAGGCUGGGGAAAGUGCUGUUGCUUUGGCUCUGGACACCGACAGGCUGGAGGAGGUUUCUGCUGCAACAGAACCCAGUUUGGGAGUUGAAGUGGUUCAAAAGAAUGACAGUUUGUCCGCUCCAACUAAAGAAAGAAUCGAGGGAGAAGAUGGUCUGACGACAUCUAGUGAGAGCUUGGAAAUGAGAUUCUUGGGGAUAGAGAAUGGAAAGGAGGAUCAUGAUACAGAGAAAGGUGGGGUGAAGGAAGAAAUCGUUGCCCUUGAAAGUCCACUACUUGGGAGGCCUCAAGAUGCAAAUGGGGUUUCCAUUCCUGCUGAAACAAUUCAAGAUAUGGGAACACAAAUUUCUGAUGACCAUAUGAAGAUUUCUUGCGCAGAAGAAAAUUUUGAAAUGCUAUCACAAGUUACUUCCACCAGGAGUAGGUCACUUCAAGAAUAUGUGGAUUUGCUGUAUCCAUCGUAUGUUGCUUCAGAUACUAGAAGGGAAGAAAGUUCAGUAUUAGCUGAUGCCAGAGGAAAAGGAAGUACUGAUGAGGAAAGAGGCACAAGUCGACCUUAUAUCGGAGAGGUUGUUGGUGCUGAGAGUGAAUCAGUAGAGACACUUGCAGAAGGAGGGGCCGUUGCACCUGCGGGAAAGGUCGAGGUUGAGGGAUUUAAAGAAGAUGAUCUUCUUUUCCUACCUAUGUUGACAGAUCCAGUUUCUUCAAUGAGGAUGUGGUAUAUGCUAAAAAGAGUUCUACAGGAUGGUAGCUUUGCUGAUGAAUUGGAUAGUAUUAGAAGACAUCUUUACUCAACAACUGUUGCAAGGGAUUUUCUCCAGAUGCAAUUGGAUGAACAGACUGAGUUGACUGCAGAGUUUUACCAGCAGUCUUCUGAUGAAGUGUCCAAACUCUUGGGGUUAGUUAAAGAAGCUCAGGAAAGCAAGACAAUGGCUAGCGAGGAGCUAGCUCGGUGUCGGUCUGAGCUCCAGACUAUCACUGUUGCAAAGGAGGAACUUGAGAUCAAGUUUACUUCCACAAGAGAGGAACUCGGGUGUCUUGAUACCAGGGCCUCUGAGUUGCAGAACAAACUGGAACAAGCACAAAAAGAGUUAGCACUUGUUUCAGCGGAGUUAGGUAACUGCAGGGGUUUAGUGGAAGCUUUACAAAAGGAAAAUAUGAACUUAAAUACAAGCAUCAGUUCAGAAACAGAUGCAAGGAAAAACCUCCAGGAGGAGAAAGAGCUCUUGUUUAGUGAGAAUAUGAGACUUGCUUCGGAGUUGUCAGAACAAAAAGAGAUGUUCCUUGUUGAACUUGAUAAGCAAAAGCAACUUGAGUGCAACGCCAGGGAAACAGGGGCAUGCUUUGACCUACUUACUGAGGAAAACCUUUAUCUGUCCUGCAGUUUGGAUAUAUACAAAGCUAAGAUAAAGGAGCUUGAUGAUGUGCAUAUUGAGUUGCCCUUUCAAGCCCAACAAGCUGGAGAUCAAGAAAACAAUUCUCAUGUGGAAUGCAUAGCUACUGCUAAUGCAGUUGAAGAUUCAUGGAGCAGUGUGAGGAAUUCAGUAGGGCUUCAGAAGGUUGAUGAGAAAGACUCCGGCAGUUCUGUUGUACUGGGAAUUCUGAUGGGGCAAUUGGAAGAGGCCAAAAGUAUCUUACAGAAUCUUGAAAAUUCGAUUCAAGGGAUGCAUUCCCAUUCUGUUUCCUUAAGUAGGUCAGGUGGCAGAGCCCCGGCACCUGGUGUAUCGAAACUUAUUCAAGCCUUUGAGUCGAAAGUGCAUCAUGCUGACAAUGCAUCGGAUGAGGUGCCUUUGACUGAGGCAGGGCAAUCAGAUGAUUUAUAUACAUUAACAAGAGAACAGAUGGGCCUCCUUAGAGAUUCAUUAAGGCAGAUGGAAUUGGAUGUCAGAAAGGCUGAAGUACAUGUAAUGGGAGAACACAGGGAAAUAUCUCAAAAGUAUGAGAUGGAGUGUGAAGCCCAAAGGCACCAAAGUAGCAUUCUUCAGACAAGGAUUGAUGGGCUUGUUAAAAAGCUUUCCAAAUAUAUAUGCAGAAUAGAUGAUCUACAGAACCAGUUAAAUAAAAUUCAGCAAGGUGCUAGUGAUGAGGAAGAGAGGCUUUUAAAUGAAGUACAGUUGUUGCAGAAGGAAGUGAAUGCCAGGGUGUCUGCCAUGCAGCAUGAAAGGGACUCUAUUAGAGGUGUUUUUGAAGCACUUGAAAAGCUUUUCCCAACUGCCGGACUGCUAACCUCCGAUCUUGCAAGCAAUAAGAAAGAGAGGCUCUUAAGCGAGAUACAGUUGUUGCAGAAGGAUGCAACCGACAGGUAUUCUAUUAAAGGCAUGAUUUUUGAGGCACUUGAAAAACUUAACUCAUCAACUGGACUGAUUUUCCCGGAUAACUCAGACAUUGGCUCCUAUGUCGUGGCUUCAGUUUGUGCCGCCAUAAAACUAAUCGAGAGCCUGCAUGAGAGACUAAAUGCUGCUCAUCUAAACCAUGAGACACUUCAUACUUCCUACGUGGAAUUAGAUAAACAGUAUAACAAUGUUCGAGGAAUAAAUGAGUUGGCAAUUGGGCUGAUGCUUAAAAUGUACAAAGGCCUACAGAAGUUGUGUACACAUGUUGGUGAACAUGAGAUGGAUGUUAAUGCUGAGGAAGUGCUAGAACUUCUACCUAAAAGACACAAAGUGCUUAUUGAGUAUUUGCAACAGUUGCUGGAUGAGCGGGUUCUCUUCAUAUCUGAAAAUAAGGAGCUAGAAUCAGGGUUAUUGAGCAAAAAUGAAGAAAUUGAGGAGCUGAGCAAGAGGUGUAGUGCAUUGGAUAAGAAGCUGGAUGACCUGUGUUAUGCCAAAGAUGGGCUUGAAACAAUUUUGAUGAGUAAAAAUGAAGUUUAUGAUGAAGUGAACAGAAGAUGUCUUGCUAUAGCCAAGAAGUUGGAUGGCCAUGAACUGAAUAAGGAUCCAAAUACAUUCCUUGGGCUGGCUGAACUUAACAAAGUUACUGGGAAGCCCGACAACAUGGAGAAUGACUUGAGCAAGUCUUUGUUACCGCGACUAGAGGCAUUGGUUGCUUUCCAUCUUCGGAAAUAUGAAGAGGCAAUUGAGCAGAUUAACUUGUCAAAGGAAUACUUGCAGGAAGUUAACAUUGUACCGGUUGUUUCAUCUGACAACUGGUCCUUGCCUUUGGUUACAUUGCUUAAGCAAGAGUUCAUACCUAAGUUGUGGGAAUUACAGGAAAAACUGGACUCCUUGAGUGCCUUAAAUCUUCAACAGGAAACAGAAAAUCAAAUCCUCAAGGAGGGUCUACAUAUGAUGGAAGGAGCUCUCGAAGCAUCUCGUUCUGAGUUGUAUUUGAAAGUUUCUGAACUCGAGCAGUCAGAGCAGAGACUUUCCUCCAUCAGGGAGAAGCUCAGUAUUGCUGUUGCAAAAGGCAAAGGUUUACUUGUGCAGCGAGAAGGUCUUAAGCGGUCUCUGAUGGAGAAGUCAAGUGAGCUUGAAAAGUGCUCGCAGGAAUUACAAUCAAAAGAAGAAUUGCUCAAGGAAGUCGAGGCGAAGCUGAAGUCUUAUUCAGAGGCAGAUCGUAUUGAAGCUCUAGAAUCUGAACUCUCAUACAUCCGCCAUUCUGCUACUGCAUUGAGAGACUCCUUUCUCAUUAAAGACUCUGUUCUUCAGAGGAUUGAAGAAGUUCUGGAAGAUUUGGAUUUGCCAGAGCAUUUCCAUUCUAAAGAUAUAGUAGAGAAAAUCGAACUGCUGUCCAGAAUGGUUGCUGGAAAUCUUCCUUUUCCUAUAACUGAAUGGGAUCAAAGGAGUUUUGUUGGGGGCUCACAUUCUGAUGCAGAUGCCUGGAAAGAUGAUGCACAGGCAAGUUCAAAUCCUGGAUUGGAUGAGUUAAAAAAUAAAUAUGAGGAGCUUCAGAGAAAGUUUUAUGAUUUGGCUGAGCACAACGAUAUGCUGGAACAAUCCCUAAUGGAGAGGAAUAGCCUUGUGCAGAAAUGGGAAGAAGUUCUGGACAGAAUUGAUAUGCCUCUGCAGUUCAGGACAUUGGAGCCAGAAGAUAGGAUCGAAUGGUUAGGGAAUGCACUUUCUGAGGUCCAACAGGAAAGAGAUGCAUUGCAACUGAAGAUUGAGAACCUUGAAGACUCUUCUGAUAUGCUUAUAGUUGACUUGGAAGAGUCGCACAAAAAAAUAUCUGAACUCAAUGCAGAGAUUGUAGCUAUUAAAUCUGAUAAAGAUUUCUUUUCAGAGAGCCUGGAAAAGCUCAGGUUUGAAUAUCUUGGACUCUCGGAGAAAGCUGUUCAUGAUGAAAUUGACAGAGAGAAUUUGCGAAAAGAUCUAGCUGACUUGCAGGAGAAAUUGACUGGGAAAGUUGAGAAUAGGGAUUGGCAUGAUAUUGAAAUGGGGGUAAGGAAACUAUUUGAUUUGGUUAGCGAUGCAUUGCCAGAUAGUGAUAGGUCUGAGGCUCUCGCUGCUGGUACUGUUACUGAACGUUUGGAAGGAUUGUUGAGGAGGCUUAUAGAUAAAUAUACAAACCUAGCUUCAAAGAAAUCUGUUCAUAAAGUUAGUGAGAAGGAAUAUGUUUUAGAGGAAGGGAAUUUGUCUUCUGAUAAAAACACAUCAACAAAUGUUCCGGAUGACAAGGAGCAGGAAUUGGUGAAUCUGAGGUUAAAGCUUGAAGAGGCUUGCCGUAAUCUAGUUUCAGUUAAGGAGGAGAGGGAUGAAGCCAUGGAAAAGUGCCAUUCUUUGAUGUUGGAGGUUGAGGAAAUAAGUAAACAGCAGAACUCAUUACAGGAGGAGAAGACUGUUGACAUGGAGAAGUAUCAAUCUGUGUUGCUGGAAUUAGAGGCGAUAAGUAAACAGAGGGAUGCUUUACAAGAACAACUAGCUCAGGAUGAGCAAAAGUCUGCCUCUGUGAGAGAGAAGCUAAAUGUUGCUGUUAGAAAAGGGAAGGCAUUGGUACAACAAAGGGAUAGCCUGAAACAGACUAUUGAAGAGAUGACUGUUUUGAUGGAUCACUUGAAGACUGAGCAUAACCAGCAGGUAGAAGCCCUGGAAUCUGAGAAAUCAUUAUUAAUGAAACAAUUGGCAGAGACGGAGCAGAGUUUGCACGAUAGUAGCCAGACCGUUAGUAAAUUUUUAACUGCUUUGCAUGGCAUUGAUGUUGGUUUUGAAAUCAAUGUAACCGAUCCUGUGCAGAGGAUUGAAGAAAUCGGGAGACUCGGUCAUGAUUUGCACUCAGCAGUAGUUUCUUCAGAGAAUGAAGCAAAGAAAUCUAAACGAGCAGCUGAGCUUCUUCUAGCUGAGUUGAAUGAAGUUCAGGAGAGAGCUGACAUGCUCCAGGAGGAACUGGCAAAUGCAAAAGCGACAGUCAGAGAGUGUUUUAGACAGAAAGACAUUGCAGAGGCUGCAAGAAUUGAUGCUCUUAAUCGCCUAGAACAAUUUAUUUUGGUUAACUCCGGGGAAAGAAAGAAACUAGUAGACAAUUUGCUGGAGUUAAAGUCGGGCGUUGUCCAACUAAGGAAUGUCUGCUUUGAAUUUUCAAGUCUCCUUGCUAAUGUUUUUACCAGAGAUUUGAACCUCUUCUGCAAUUUGGAGAGCUUUAUGGAAUCUUUUGAGAAACAGAUGAACUGUGCAAAUUUUGUUGACCUACCUGCUCUUUCAUCGAGCUGCCUGCUGUCAAGUAAUCCAGUUAAUGAGGAGGAGUCUUAUGCCACUGAUGCUCUUUCAGAUCUUAAGAUGGAAGAACAAUUUGGUGACAGUUCAAUAGCUGAACAUCUUGCUAUCACUGGUCAUAGUGUGUUUGAAUGUUUAAGGCAAUGCGAUGAUUUGAAAAGACAUAUUCACAAACACUCGUUGUCAGUUGACCAACAAGCCACGCACCUGCAGCAAAUCAAAGAAACUGUACAAAGAAAACUAGCUGCUCAGAUGGAAUGUUCAGAAUCUCUGAAGAGAGAUGUAACUGGACUUGAGCUGAUGAUUAAGGAAAAGGAGAAUCAGAUUUGCUCAAUGUCUAGAAAUCUGUCCCUGCUUUAUGAAGCAUGUAGCAGUUCCAUUUCUGAGAUUGGGAAUAGAAAAGCCCAAAUAGUUGAAAAUAGCCUACCUUCUGAGGAGCAGGCCUUAGAAAAAACUGGUACAGUCUUGAAAUUGCCAAGUUACAUCAGUAAGCAAGAGCAUGCUGAUGGAUAUACAUAUUUUUUUACAGAUGAGUGCAUCAGAUCAAUGGCUGAUAAGUUACUAUCAAUUGUCAAGGGAACAAGCAUUAUAAAUGAGAUGACAGAAGGCAACCAAAGGGAGCUGAAAGCCACCAUACUAGAUUUGCAGAGAGAACUACAGGAAAAGGAUAUCCAAAUGAACAGAAUCUGUGAAGAGCUUGUAUCUCAAAUAAGGGAUGCUGAAGCUGCUAAAAAGAGAUCCUCAUCAGAUCUUGAUUCUGCGGAAACAAAAAUUCAUAAUUUAGAGAAGCAGGUUGAAAUGAUGGAGGAGGAUAAGAAAUUAUUAGAGCUAAGAGUACAUGAGCUAGAUGAUUUGGAGGCUUCGUCAAAUGAGCUACAUGGGAAAAUUAAAUCUCUAACCGAUGCAUCAACUUCUAAAGAUCAAGAAAUUGAAGCCCUCAUGCAAGCGCUUGAUGAAGAAGAGACACAGAUGGAGGACCUGGAAAGCAGGAACAAGGAACUGGAGAAUAUAGUUCAAGAAAAGAACCUAGCAUUGGAGAGUCUUGAAGCUUCUCAGGCGAAGGCUGUGGCAAAGCUUUCAACAACUGUCAGCAAGUUUGAUGAGUUGCACAGCCUGUCAGAGAGCCUUCUUGAAGAGGUGGAAAAUCUUCAGUUCCAAUUGCAAGGGCAGGAUUCAGAAAUCUCAUUCUUGCGUCAGGAGGUAACUAGGUGCACCAAUGACCUUCUGGCCUCACAGGAGACUUACAAGAAGUACUCAUCUGAAAUAUGUGAGUUGUUAAAAUGGUUUGAUAUGAUAUUAUCACGUUUUGGGUUACAGCACGUGGCUGUUGAUGAUCAGGAGUUCAGUCAAAUCCGUAUUUACACUGAUGUCCUGGAAAAGAAAAUUUUAUCUGUUAUGGCUGAAUUAGAUGAUCUACGGGUAACAGUUAAAAGCAAAGAUGCUUUGUUACAAAUUGAAAGGGCUAGAGUGGAAGAGUUAUCAUGUAAAUCUGAAGUUCUUGAGAAUUCUUUGCGUGAGAAGGAAACACAGAUAGAGGUUUUUCAAGAAGGUACCCAUACUGGUCAGCUUCCUAUCAUGAACUCCCCACAGUCUCGGGAGAUAGAACGAAUGAAAAACAAAGUAAGCUCAGGUGCAGUUGUUACGCAUGUCCGCAGUGGGCGCAAGGUCAAUAAUGAUCAAAUAGCCAUAGCUAUAGAUACAGAGAAUGAUGAUAAUGUAUUAGCUGAUGAGGACGAUGAUAAAGCACAUGGCUUCAAGUCACUUACUAUGUCUCGCUUUGUUCCAAGAGCUACUCGACCUCUAGCAGACAGGAUUGAUGGGAUAUGGGUGUCAGGGGAAAGACUGCUUAUGAGACAACCUACCUUACGGCUUGGCUUUUUGAUAUAUUGGGUUGCAUUGCAUGCAUUACUGGCUAGUUUCAUCUGAGAGCAACAUCCUUGGUCUUGGCCUGUACACCACCCUCCAGGUUUGGUCUGGCUCUUCUGCGAACCUCAGAUGGUAGUCAAAAGCAGGUAAAGAAGGGAAAGUUGGCGCUUGAAGUUACAAAGGGCUUCACUGUCUCGCUUGCUCCAGAUGGUUGGUGGAGAAUAAAGAAGCUGACAACUACAUCUGCUCUCCAUCACCCAAUUGUCUCUCUGUCAACCGCUAAAACUGGGCAGUGCUUUUGAGAAUGCAUCUGAAGGGUCCAAGGAGGUUUCCUCGUUCCCUCCUGAUUAUCUGCCAAUUAAUUAGUCUAUACAAGGAUGCCUUCUUUGAAAGCGAAGUUUGAGCAACCUGCUAUUGCUUGGUUGCAAAGGUUAGGCAAUCGAAAUGAUUGCGAGCUGUCAAAUCAGUAAGCUACUUUCUAUCUGAUCCACCAGGUACAUUUUUAAUCUCGCAGCCUGUCUACAUUGGCCUACAUAGUUAGCCCAUGGUGGCUUUCAAAGUUCAAAGGUGCGUAAAUAAAUUCUUACUGAACCAUGAUCAUUAUAUAAUUGAUCAAAAAUGCUUUAGCAACUCAAAAAUGUAACAAAAAAAAUCACUCAGCCGUCGUGCUGUAUUCUCGUUGCCCCUUUCGAAGUUGCAUUGUGAUUUGUACCACAUUGUGAAGCAACGGGUAUGCUGGAAGCCGGUUCAGUGACUCUCUUGGAUGACUUUUUUCUUGAGCAUUGACUGAGCUCAUAAUUCAUGUUUUAUUCA